UUGAGAGAAGAAAUAAAAUCGAGAUGACCUCACCGACUUCCUCGGAGUUGAUGUGUCUAGUGUGCAGAAGCUCCCUGGAAAUAUCAUCAUCAAUAAAUAUUUUUUACACUUCAUUACCCAGAAGUGGGGAGCUCUUGGCCAGUUUUGUUCUAGGCACAAUUCGUCCCUCCGUUACUGACCUACAAAGUUCUUAUUUGUGCCCACAAUGUUACAAUUUAUUUCAAAUGCUGGAGCAAGCCCAGUGCACCGUGACAAAUAUUCAGAAUGAGAUACUGAAGACUUAUGCCUCAAAUGACACCAGCCACCUGAAAAAAAAUGAAAUUCAACAAGAAGAAAUCAGUGCCAUUGAUAAUCAUGUGUAUUCAACACCUCAACCUCAAGAUUUCGGAAGAUUCAAUCACGAAGAUCAUUUAACUGGCACAAACAAUAUUCCACCCGACGAGAGCCAAAGAGAUUCGCAAUCGAGCCUUAAUCUACCAGAAAUACCAAACAAUUUACGAACUAAUGGUUUCAGUUUGAUUGAAGAAUCUCCAAAGGACAAUAGAAACCUUGAAGAUAAAGAGAAAUUGAAAAAGCCUGGGAGGAAAUCCCUGGAGAAAUCACCAAAGUAUUCCUGUUCGAUCUGCGAUAAAAAAUGGAAGACACCAGGGGAAUUGAAGACUCACAUCGUCUCGCACUCGUCUAUUCGUCCGUACAUGUGCGAAAAAUGUGGACAAGCAUAUAAACAUAAGCAUGCCCUCAAGGUACAUAUUGGUAUGCACAAUGGAAUUAAUCCCUUCAAGUGCAGUUUUUGCGAUAAGUGUUUCACCCAGAAAGGAGCACUCAGGAGACAUUUGCCAAUGCACACUGGAGAAAUGCCGUAUCAGUGUGACCUGUGUGGUAAAAGAUUUAUUCAUCAUACGUCUUACAAUAUGCAUGUACUCUCGCAUACGGGAAAAAAAUCGUAUCAAUGUCACAUUUGCAAUGCAACAUUGCUAUCUACAUCUCAUUUGAAACGUCACAUGAGAGUUCACACUGGAGAAAAGCCUUUCAGCUGUGAUGUGUGUGGUAAACGAUUUGCUGAGAGAUAUAAUUUAUGCGCUCAUCAGAAAAUUCACGACGCGGGGGAAAGAAUGACAAAUUGUUCAGAAAUACAUUCGUACAGGUGUGAUCAAUGUGAUGAGAUCUUGGAUGCGAGAGAAGCUUUGGAUAAUCAUGUUGAACAAUAUCAUUUUGUAUCUGUGACUCAACAGAAUAAUCUGAAGACUAGAAAAUCAAACUGGCAGCAAUUCAAUUUAGAUAGCAACAAAAUAGCUACUCAGGAUAAUUAUAAAGACCUCGAUGUUAUCAUUAGGAACACCUACCAGGAGUCAUUCAAUGUAGAAACCAUUUAGCCAACGGUUCAUGUAAAUUAUACCCUCGAAAUUGCAAUUGUACAAUAUUUUUUUCAACUUUUAACGAUUUGUAUAAUAAAUUUUCU